AGUUAAACAGUAAUGUAGCUAAAUGAAUAUUGAUGAGAAAAAACUAAAAAAAGUACACACAUGCACAAUUUGUUAAAAGUAUUAACAUACAUAUGAAAGAAGAGAAAAGAAAAAGAGAGGGGGGCACUUUCUUAUACCUAACUGAAAAGUUUAUUAUAAGUUGGAGGCUUCAUCUACCCACUUAUUCCACACACGUCUGUCUGUAUGUGGAACUCAUACCUCACGAACCGUUUAUCUCAUUGACCUCACACUUGGCAUGUGUUUUGUAAAUUACCCGAGAAAGUGCAGUGCCGAGUUUCGUGUUAAGUGGACACAUGAAAAGUUCAAUAUUAAUAUAAAAGAUUGAAUGAAGUAAAUGCAACCAGUGCUGUGUAGCGGAAUCAACUGCAAAUAAACCAGGUGGGAUGGUGGAGCACAGUUUUCUAACUACACAUUGCGCCAUAGACUGUUUAUAAAAACCUCUGCACACUGUCCAGCACACAAACGAUAAAAAUGUCCUCUUCGCUGCAGAUAAACCAGGUAGGAUGCACACAAAGUUCUCUAACUUCACUCUGCACACAAACAAUAAAAAGUGACAGUAUAUUGUACAAGUGUUUUUGAGGAGGACUCAGGAACGAGGAGGAACAAAUCUGAAGUAGCUCCAGAGCUUUAACACAAGACGAGAGAACAGCCCAUUCCAAACAGGCAGGUUUAGAAUUUAGACACUGCACAGAUAUUAUUUCACAUCCUGUGAAAUUGUGGAUAUUGUCAGCCUGUCUGGAUGUGUGGAUGUGGGAUGUACCAUUCAAGAGUUCAUAAAGAUAAUUCUCAACUAUAAAGUUGUUGACAUUCACCCUCAGACACCCUCCUCCUCCUCCCGGUGUCGUCACGCAGGAGGAGGGAUGGCACUUUAAAUAUGGAGAGGGACACGCCGCGCUCUCAGAGUCUCCGCGCACGCUUCCACCGAGACACGAAACCUGGCGUUUCCUCCCCGAGAUGUGACCGUAGCACAACCUGAGCGAGUCCAGCCCGACAUGAGGAGUGCGCCUCACGCCUUUCACUCGAUCCGUAGAGUCCCAGAAGUCGGUCCGACGAGAGGAAGAUAAGAAAACUGCCACGACUCCUCUUUGUUAACUUUGACUCAGUUGCUUAGCGCCACAGCUCGAGUAGGUGAAGAUCUCCAGACGCACGACUACAAGAGUUGACCCGAAGUGAGCAGGAGGACCGCUGGGGUCCAGCUGAUCGUCGGUGCGUCACAAUGAGCUCCGAGAAGAACAAAAUGGAGGAUGAAGCAGUGUUGGACACAGGGGCUUCCUUUGUCAAACAUGUCUGUGAUGAAGAGGAAGUAGAAGGUCACCACACUGUGUACAUCGGCGUGCAUGUUCCCAAGAGCUACCACCGGAGAAGGCGACACAGACGCAAGUCGAGCCACAAGGAGAAGCGGGAACGAGUGGAGCAGAGCACGGAGGGAUACAAGUCGGAUGGAGAGAACGCAGACGACCCCACCACCAACAUCCUCAAACCUCUCAUUUCUCCAGCUGAGAGGAUAAGGUUUAUCCUGGGGGAGGAGGACGAUGGCCCCCCACCACCUCAGCUCUUCACUGAGCUGGACGAGCUGCUGUCCGUGGACGGGCAGGAGAUGGAGUGGAAAGAGACGGCCAGAUGGAUCAAGUUUGAGGAGAAGGUGGAGAAGGGAGGCGAGCGCUGGAGUAAGCCUCACGUGGCCACGCUGUCCUUACACAGCUUGAUGGAACUCAAAACGUGCAUCGAGAAGGGCACGAUCAUGCUGGACCUGGAAGCCUCCACACUGCCACAGGUUGUCGAGAUGAUCACCGACAGCCAGAUUGAGAACGGUCAACUGAGGUCGGACCUGAGGGAGAAGGUCAUGUACACACUGCUUCGGAAGCACCGCCACCAGACCAAGAAGUCCAACUUGCGCUCUCUUGCAGACAUUGGAAAGAGUGUUUCCAGUGCAAGCAGACUGUUCUCCAACCAGGAGAAUGGUAGCCCAACGACCGCCCAUCGCAACCUCACCUCCAACAGCCUGAGCGACUUCUCUGACAAACCAGAGAAGGAUCAGUUGAAGAACAAAUUCAUGAAAAAGCUGCCCCGCGAUGCAGAGGCAUCAAACGUGCUCGUUGGAGAAGUUGAUUUCCUGGAAACCCCCUUCGUGGCAUUUGUUCGUCUGCAGCAGGCCGUCAUGCUGGGGGCUCUUACCGAGGUCCCUGUACCUACAAGAUUUCUCUUUGUGCUGCUGGGCCCCAAAGGUAAAGCAAAGUCUUAUCAUGAGAUUGGAAGAGCCAUCGCGACCCUGAUGUCAGAUGAGGUGUUCCAUGACAUCGCCUACAAAGCGAAGGACAGGCAGGACUUGCUGGCUGGUAUCGAGGAGUUCCUGGAUGAGGUCAUCGUCCUGCCCCCCGGCGAGUGGGACCCUGACAUCAGGAUAGAGCCGCCCAAGUCUCUUCCCUCCUCAGACAAGAGGAAGAACAUGUACGCCGGAUUAGAGCCACCUCAGAUGAACGGUGACGCUCCCCAUGAUGCGGGACAUGGAGGGGGAGGAGGUCACCAGGUCGGAGAGGAGCUUCAGCGAACUAGAAAGUUCUGCGGAGGUCUUGUCCUGGACAUCAAGCGGAAGCUACCAUUUUUUGCCAGUGACUUCUGUGAUGCACUACACAUCCAGUCUCUGUCUGCCAUCCUGUUCAUCUAUCUGGGCACUGUUACCAAUGCGAUCACAUUUGGAGGCUUACUUGGAGAUGCUACAGACAGCAUGCAGGGAGUGCUGGAAAGUUUCCUGGGCACGGCGCUGACGGGAGCGGUGUUCUGUCUUCUGGCCGGUCAGCCCCUGACCAUCCUUAGCAGCACGGGCCCGGUGCUCGUCUUCGAGAGGCUUCUCUUCAACUUCAGCAAAGAUAACAGCUUUGACUACCUUGAGUUCCGGUUGUGGAUUGGCCUUUGGUCGGCCCUAUUCUGUCUGGUGCUGGUCGCCACGGACGCCAGCUUCCUGGUGCAGUACUUCACGCGUUUCACCGAGGAGGGCUUCUCCGCGCUCAUCAGCUUCAUCUUCAUCUACGACGCGUUCAAAAAGAUGAUAAAGCUGGCCCACCACAACCCCAUCAACUCUGAGUUCAACUCCAACUCCAUCACGCUCUACGACUGCCGAUGCGUGCCUGGCAACUCAUCAGAAAUCCUUGAUGUCAGUGCCUGGACAAACAGUUCGGAUCUGUCAGUGAAUGCCACCUGGGCGUCUCUGACCAGGGAGCAGUGUGUGAAGUACAACGGGCAGUUGGUCGGAGAGGCCUGUGGCUACGUGCCUGACAUCACCCUCAUGUCCUUCAUCUUGUUCUUCGGGACCUACACCUGCUCCAUGGGCCUGAAGAAGUUCAAGACGAGCCGCUUCUUCCCCACCACAGUGAGGAAGCUCAUCAGUGACUUUGCGAUCAUCUUGACCAUUCUCCUCUUCUGCGGCGUGGACGCGUUUGUCGGUGUGGACACUCCGAAGCUCAUAGUGCCAAGUGAAUUCAAGCCCACAAAUCCACAGAGGGGCUGGUUUAUUCCUCCUUUUGGAGGGAACCCCUGGUGGGUGUACCUGGCAGCCGCGCUCCCCGCUCUGCUGGUCACCAUUCUGAUAUUCAUGGAUCAGCAGAUCACUGCGGUGAUCGUCAACAGGAAAGAGCACAAACUCAAGAAAGGGGCAGGCUAUCACUUGGACCUGUUCUGGGUGGCCAUCCUGAUGAUCAUCUGCUCUUUCAUGGGUCUGCCGUGGUACGUGGCGGCCACGGUCAUCUCCAUCGCCCAUAUCGACUCUCUGAAAAUGGAGACCCAGACGUCGGCCCCCGGGGAGCAGCCGAAAUUCCUGGGUGUCAGGGAGCAAAGAGUCACGGGGAUCUUCGUGUUCCUCCUCACAGGACUCUCCGUCUUCAUGGCCCCCAUCCUCAAGUUCAUUCCCAUGCCUGUGCUCUACGGUGUGUUCCUCUACAUGGGUGUGGCGUCACUCAACGGUGUCCAGUUCAUGGACCGUCUGCUGCUGGUCCUGAUGCCAGCCAAGCACCAGCCGGACCUGAUCUACCUGCGACACGUCCCCCAGAGACGCAUCCACCUCUUCACCUUCAUCCAGGGCCUGUGUCUGGCUCUCCUCUGGAUACUCAAGUCUACCGUGGCCGCCAUCAUCUUCCCGGUCAUGAUCUUGGCGUUGGUUGCCGUGCGCAAGGCCAUGGACUACGUGUUCUCCCAGCAUGACCUCAGCUACCUUGACGACGUCAUUCCAGAGAAGGACAAGAAAAAGAAGGAGGAUGAGAAGAAGAAGAAAAACAAGAAGAAGGGAAGCAUUGACAGUGAAGCUGACUUUUCUGACUACCCCUACCAUGAAAAUGUCCCCAGUAUAAAAAUCUCUAUGGAUUUGAUGGAAAAGGAGCCCAUGUUGGGGGAUAAAUCUUUGGAUAGAGAUGAAUCCCAGACUUUCCUUAACACGCAAUCGCCAUGCUGAGCAUUACUUCGAGUCUCCCACAGUGGCUGAGUAAUCUUGAAAGAGGGUCGUACACGAAAGGUUUGCCGCAGAUUCAAAUAGGCCGCGACUCUGAGGAUAACGGCUUCUUCUGGAAGAGGGGCUCUGAAACUGAUCUGUGAAUGAAUUUUGUCCAAAGAACCCAGCAGAACCGAACGUCCCCUUUAGAACCAAAUACAAACGGAAUGAAAGCGUGCUUCUUAAAACUGGUCCUGAAUUUUAAUGAGGGCCAUUUGACUGUUCCUUGUACGCGUGAGUCCCCGAAAAACAAAAGGGCUAAUCAAAGUCAUGUGUAUGCAGUUUUUAUAGGACAUGAAUAUCUUAUUAAUGUGUACGCUAAUAAUUUAUUAAGCGUCUGGCUAAACAUGUAUAAUCAUCAAAGAGGUGCAGGAUAUUGUAGGUUAGAUGGAUUCAUAUCAUACUCAUGAAUUUUUAUAUGAUUGUGUACAUUUCCAGAGGCACUGCAGUGCUCUUUUUCUUUAAUCCAUUUAUUUCCAAAGAACGUGGAACAUGACUGGCCUCCCUCCUAAUAGUUCAGUUUUCUUUCCUCCAGGAGUUAUUUCUAAUACUUCUUGAAGGUUCUGACUCGUAACCGGUGGAGUUUUGAGAUUUAAACAUAUCGAAGUUGUCGACAUGCACGUGAAAUCCUCCCUUUUUAUAUUUGCAGUGAACAAGAGGGCUACGAGGGGUCAUCUAUGCACAGUCAGGCGCAGCCAUUCAUUUUGUAUUUAAGGGCAUAUUAUAUACAUAUAUUAUUUAUCCAGCUGCCAUCUAAGGCUGCAGAUUCGUAACAACAGCAUACAAUGUUUGUUUUAACCCCACAAAGACUGGAACUUCUACUUGUUUCCAAAUCUUUCUUUUCUUUCCUUUCUCCUUGUUUUUUUUU